AUGGUGGGCCGAAGGUUAACAUCCUUGCUGAAGAAUAGAGUAGGCCCCGUGUCAACACCAGCAGCAGCAGGCGAAAAGGAAGGGCAAUCAUGGGGCCGGAAAAUAGUAUCGGGGGCACUUAUUAGCCUCACGGGAGCUGUUGCUUUGAGUGCUGUUGAUGAUCUCCUCAUUUUCUAUGGCUGCAGCAGUAAGGCCAUGGAGAAAGCCAGAGACUCUUGGUUUUCAUAUCUAUGGCCGCGCGACUGGGAGAUUCUCAUAAUGGAAGCCCUGCUUCAUGUCCCAGCAAACGAGAAGCACAACCAAACCUUUCGGAUCAGCGUCUCGGAUGACUCUCCCCCACCGCCUUGCAAAGCAUGCCCGGCGGCUUGUGGGCCCCAACAGCCAGUCGAAAGUGUGGAAAAGACUCGAUCUCAGCCUGUAGCUAGUGUCAAUUGA